GACCGCGCCGCCUCGAUCUGCCAGCCGACCGCCGCAGCCGCCGCCGGCAACUCGGAGUGCUUCGCAGGGACUGCUCAUCCCUGUACAAGAGACUCCGCGCUAAAGCAGCUGCCGACCGCUCAUUACAAGAACGACGACGCUCUGGGUGUCAUGAGGUCGAGCUGAGCCGCUGGCAGGUGGACGGGUUCCGCUACACUGCUACUGUGCUGACAGAUCGGCUGACAACCAUGUCGUCGCGCUCUAAGGAAAAGAUGGCGGCCGCGUUCCGGCGGCUGUUCCGGCCCAAGCUGGCGUCGUCAGGAGCGGGCGAGGCGGCCGGAGACGCUGCGUCCGGAAGCGGAUCCCCGGCCGUGGCGGGUGCCGCCGCCUCCAGCUCCUCCUCCGCAGCGGGGGCGGCCGCUGCUGGCGCCAGCGGCGGCGGCGGCAGCAACUCCAACUCUCCCGUGGCAGCCGCGAGGCGGCUCCUCAGCAGGCACGGCUACCACCACAGGGACGCGGUGACGCCAGCGGAAAGCGCCGAGGCCAGAGGCGGGGGCGGAGUGGCGGGGGCGGCGGCGCCGGUGCGGAAGUCGGCGCUGAGCCUGCUGCGGCCCAAGAAGAGCUCCGCCGCGGCUGCGGGGGCGGGCGCCGGAGCCGCCGCCGCGGGGCACUCGGCCGACAAGGGCGCCUGCGGCUCCCAGGCCGGCGCCAUCGCAGCCCACAAGACGGUGCGCGCGCGGCGGCUGAUGAAGGAGCUACGAGAGAUCCAGCGGCUGCAGGCGCAGCAGCGGCACGACCCGGUGUUCACGGUGGAGCUGGUCAACGACAACCUGUUCGAGUGGCACGUGCGGCUGUUCCGCGUGGACGCGGAGAGCGAGCUGGCGGGCGACAUGCGCGAGCUGGGCGUGCCCUGCAUCCUGCUGCACCUCGCCUUCCCCGACAACUUCCCGUUCGCGCCGCCCUUCAUGCGCGUCAUCUCGCCGCGCAUCGAGAAGGGCUUCGUCAUGGAGGGCGGCGCCAUCUGCAUGGAGCUGCUCACGCCGCGCGGCUGGGCGUCCGCCUACACCGUCGAAGCCGUCGUCAUGCAGUUCGCCGCCAGCAUAGUGAAGGGACAGGGGCGCAUCGCCAGGAAGCACAAGGGCAGCAAGGACUUCAGCCGGCGCUCGGCCGAGGAGUCGUUCCGCAGCCUGGUGAAGACGCACGACAAGUACGGCUGGGUGACGCCGCCGCUCGCCGACGGCUAGCUGCCAGCACGUGACAGGUGGUGCUGCCGCCGCUGCUACCGCCCUCGCCGCCGCCGCCACCGCCUCCGCCGCCUCCGCCGCCCCCGCAGUGUUGAGCUGCGCCUCCCGCCACUGCGGAGUGGACAGCCGGCGCUCUCCUCCACGCAGCCCCCUUCUCGACGAGCCUCUAUCCUCAAAACAUCUCAUCGUCACUCUAACUUUCCACUUUCUAGACUCUAGAUCAAGCUGUUAGUUCAUAGCUACCUGUAGCUUUAUUAAGAGACAUUUUCUCCUGCUCUAGGACUAGUGUUUAUAGUUCACCCAACCCAAAAGAAAUAGAACGUCAGCAUAUUCAAACCCGAGUACGUGACCGCCCUCUACAAGUGGCUAGCUACAAGUAAACUUUACACGUAUAGUGUACCUCGAAAGACUCCACCCCCGAGAUAACCUCGUCGUGUUUGAUCCCAGUGCUUUGAUGUCCGCUUUAAUCGUUUGGAAGCUGUAACAGCUUCUCUCUUUGCAGUCUGGACUGGCUGUGUACUAAAAGUGUCUACGAAGAUACCAAGGAAAAACUUAAAUCCGAAGGUGCCGACAUACUACUAAAUUUAAUAACCUAUGUUUAUCAGACAUAAAUUACCUGUGAUGCUUCGUAUGACAUGUGGAUAAUUGUGCUUCUGACGAAUGCUUGUUAUAGUGUGACGUUUACUCUUAUUGAAAUGACAUGUCUACUUGUACCUCAUAACAAAGAUUAACAUUUUACCAUCCAGAUAAGUUACGGUGGACUUUACGGUCAAUUACACGAGAUCUUCCUAAACUAUACUGCCGCAAAUGACAAUAGAAAAACAUUGCGGUAAAUCUCUAAACACAUAAUGCACAGCAAAAAAUGUCAUUUUAAUGACUCCAAGUUUCUCUUACGAACACCACUGCUGCCGUUUCAAUCUAUCUAAUUGGUUCUGCAAACAUUAUCAAGAUUUACAUUCAUACCGUAUAUAUAUUACUGACACAUAAACUACAAACUGUUAUUUAAAAAAAUGACAUGGAAUAGAAUUUAUUAGUAUUACAAACCGAGAGAUAUGCGGAAAUUAAUGUUUAUUAAUAUUUGCUCGAAAACUUACUGACGUAAGACUAAAAAUACACUUUCGGGAUGUCUCUACACGUAGAAAUAGUAACAUUCUUCGGUCUAAAGCUUGGUCAGUUCUUUUUUUUUAUGUUCGUGUGUUUCGGUUCUCAUACGUUGCCACGCCUCUAGUACCAAACCAAAAUAAAAACUGACUAUAAAGAGAUCAGUUAAGUCCAGAUACAAAACUACAAGGGCGAGAGUUCAGAAUGAAGAAAAAUAGUAGCAGCUAAAUAUCAUUCCAUCCCCUUGAAAUGUGUGACGUACAAUUAAGCCCGUGCAAUAGUAUUGUGGUAGUAAUCCAUUCCCAAUAAUCAUCCUAUAAAUCAUUUUCACUAGUAAUGUAAUUAAGAACGAACUGACGUGCAAUGUGAAACCAGAAAUUUCAAGCAUCUCGACAUACGGUAAAUUCGGUUGAGAAUUUGCGAGUCCCAUUAGGCUUCCUCCCUUAGAUCCGUCCCGUAUCCGUCAAAGAAAAUAAAUUUGCGAAGGCCGUCCACUCGUAAGUUAUACUGAAACCGUGGAGGUCUCAAGCUGCGGUUCACCAUUCUCCCUGCCUUCCACCGAGAUAAACUAAACCUCCGUCGAUAAUGUCCCACGCCGAAUUUCCAUGAACACCAAAACGGCCAUUGGAUACUGUACUUUCCCCAAAGAGAACUUUACAUUUCUGAUUGAAUCUUACACAGCAUAAUUUCUAUACGGGUUCACUUCCUCAGUAUUAAUGUAGCAAGGAUAGUAAGUGUCGUAAUUGUAAAGUAUUUGCUAAGAGAUUGGAUAUGAUGCUUUGUAGUAAUAAAGUUUAAAUAUUACACACAAAAACAUAUACCAUAUGCGCAUUGUAUUACUUUUGAGCAUAAAAUGUGAAAGACUUUGUAAUUUUUCACUAUUCUACAUUUGGGAAAUGUUUUUGAUAUGCAUCUGUAGCACAGAUAGCUGCUGGAGCUAAUUGAUAUGUUAGUACAUGACCUGUUUGGUCUCAUGCCAUCCAGUCCAUAAAUAUUUUUACUGGUGUCAUUGUCACAGAAAUGACGUCUCCAACUGCCUUCAACAUUUUAUUUAAAAAAAGAACGCCCAUCAACAGAAGGAAACAUUCAUCAUUAAUUAGCUUUUAAAAUGAUAGGACAUUCUGCGAUAUUUUUUACCUGAAGUUGGAAACAUUAUUUCCCUACACAACUAUUGAAACGUAUCUUUGUCUAUUCUUUAUUUAUAAUAAUUAUUUUCUUAUUUCACUUGCGAAUUUCAGCAUAUCAUAAUAUAAAAUAGAAAUCAAACGCUAAAAUAUAGUUAUUUCUCUCUCUCUCUCUCUCUCUCUCUCUCUCUCUCUCUCUCUCUCUCUCUCUCUCUCGCUUGCUUUACUUCGUCGUAACACGUUCCAUAUGAGUAUCCUGUCAUCCUAUCAAUUUUUCUCUAUUUAAUCCGUAUGCCUGUUGGUACAUCUAUGCUCCUCAAUAUCCACAUCACUAAAAUACUGUUCUCUAUGAGAGACCACAUUUAUUUAUAACAGAACCAUUAGAUCACACGUGAUUAAGACUUAACGAAAUUAACGUAUCAAGAGCAAAUUGUGCUCGUUGUAGGGCGAGAAUCGUAUCAGUUAUGUUUCUGACAAUCGAUAUGCUCAACUGCAAAGUCUACAGCAAAUAGUAAAAAACUUAAUAGGCGCCGCAUUAGAUUCAGAAAAAUGUUUUCUUUUUUUUCUCCUCGUUUUGAAUACCGAUCACUUAUGUUCCUACUGUUCCGGGCCUACUAUCAGAUUAGCCACUUCUCAAUAUAGAAGUAAUCUAAAAAACAGCUGCUAUUUUUUCUUAUAACCUAGGAUGUGUGAUUACUUUUAAAUUAACUUAAACCCCGUGCCACGACUCUCAGCCUUUAUUGGUAGUCGCAUUCGUUUCUCCGAUGCUGGUGUCUUCUUUACUUCCAACUCUAUAGCCAUAAAUUCAUCACCUGUAAAGGUUUCAGGUUGAUUUUCAGUAUAGCACUACAAAAUUUAAUGCAAGCUGUGAAACUGUAGCUUGUAUCUAUAGCAUCAUCUUCAUCUUAAAAACAAAACUUUUUUGAUUGGUAACGCUACAAUAUCCAAUUUCUGGAUUUCUAUGCUACUGUUUUUCAAUCCUCUACAUUGAGAACUUUCGUAACAUUGUGGUCUUAUUUCCAGUCUACAGGUGUGAAGACGAAAUUGGCUAAUAAAGCAAGGUCGUAUGGUGACAGUACGAUCUACCGAUUUAAGAAAAUUUUAGUUGGAUUGCUAUGGAACAUGAAAAUUAAUCAUUACUCCUAAUAACAGUAAAUAAUUUUUAAUGUUUGAACGUCCCAACGACUAUUGUCUUGUGGUACUGACAGUGCUCACUAUAAUUCAAUUGAAACAACCGUUAUGUAAUUUACAGAAAAAUUGUGUAUAAUGUAUAUUAGUUUAGCAGCUGCCAAAAAAGAUAAAAAACGAACACACAAACAAAAUAAUAAUGUAGGCCAACGUGACAAAAAAGAAAAAAAUAUUACUUUAGCUCAUCUGCUUUUAUUAAGAAGCUGAGGUGGUGUAUCACAGGCUCUUAGAUUCUUCGUGUGUUCCGUUAAUUCAGAUAUCCCAAUGGACAAUCUACAGUCAUCUGUAGAAUUUUGUGCUGUUUAGUAAGUCGUUUAUUGUUGAAUAAAGCACCUCUCCUUUGCACGACGUAGAAAUUACCAACUUUGAGGGCCCUACAGGACACGCAACCACUAAAUAGUACUUCCCAGAUCUCAUUACCCACCUGUCAAACAUAGACUACAUUGCUCAACAUUAGCACCGAUAAUUGUGUCUGCUUCAUUGUACGAUGUGAAUAUAUUCGAUGUCUAGUGCAUUGUGUCGUUAAGCUUAUUUCUGUCGACUCAUGAAACCAUGGGAAUGCAAUGUUCCACUUUUAGAAUGUACAUUUUAAUUGUUAAAUGAUUACUUGUUCAUUUAAUACACUGCUGCAUUACGUGGAAGGGAGCGACUGAGAAAAUAGUUCAAAUUAGAUAUGCUCGUUGACUGGUGUGAUGAUACUUAUUGUGAUGUAAUGUUGUGUUUUAGAUAACAUAUUAUCUUGUCAUUGAUGGUACAGUGAAAAAUAUGUGAUUUGCUAAAGAUAAGUAUUAAAUAAAUCCUACAUUUUAUUUUAAUGAAUACGAAUUGUUAUAAGACUGUUGGUAGACUUAAUUCUAAUA